CAUAUGGUGGUGUCGGUGGUGUCGGCGUUAGAAAGAUAUUUCAAACAUUUUUACCCGUAGAUUUUUAUAUGAAUUAUAGUUAUUUUUACCCCUCAUCUGUUUUCACAUAUUUCAAGAUCACUAACUUACCCAGACCUGUCGUACUUUCUCAACCGCAACCGACCGUAUAUUCCAAUCGUUCCACGAAAUUGUCGAUUUUGAAAUGUUGAGUGCUACGGUUAUUGAAUUCAAUUAUUUUUGGAUUAUAGUCUGCAAUUAUAUCACCGCAAGUCAUACGCUAUGAGACCAGCACACGUACAGUUUUAACACGGUAAAAAUGGAAAACGUGGAGUUAUUAUUUUUCGACACAUUUUCGCACGAUAUCUCCGAGGAACUUAAUUUGGACCUUGUGCAAUUUCCUAAGCCCGUGUUCAUUAGUGAGGUUCGGAUAAUACCUCUAGGAGCUCGUGUUCAGGCAGACUUUCCAGGAGGCGUCCGGCUAGGAGCAACUAAUCCCUCACAGUUUGAAAUAGAAUUUUUUGUAAAUGAUUUGAGUAAACCUGGAGCUUCUACCUUCGAGUCACUGGGAGGUUUAGAAUACAAACAAAACGUUCACAUUCAGCUGGAAUGUGAACGCAAACAAAUACCCACUGAUGGACUUGUCUUACGCGGGUGGUAUACAACCAUUACUUUGGCUGUCUACGGUACUCUCACAAAAAGCCUGAGUAAUCCCCCGGAAAUACCUACUCCAGCUGCCAACUCAACAGUAUGCGUUAGCGGAUCGGAAGAAACCCCAGAAUGCGCAGCUCAGAUACCUGAACAGUCAGCUGAAUGGUAUUAUGAAAAUCCACAGCCUGCAAAUUCCACGGAAACCUGUGUCGCAGCCACGCCAUCCCCACCUGUACAGCCAAUACAAACAGUUGAUCCGUCAAGGAAUGUAGUUCCAGAACCUGUGGCAACUGUUGCAGCAGAACAGUGGGAAGAACAUCCUGGAAAUGCCUUGAUAAAAAUGGGCAAACGGCCUUCUUCUCCCCCUUCAGAAUCUUUAGUUUCACUAAGUCCAGAAUCAAUUUCUGCAGAAGAAGAAGAUGGAGAUAGAGAUGGAAUCGAAAUAGGAACUGUAGAGCCCUUUGAACCAAUCCUCAGUGAUGAAGAUAUAAUGGCUGAUGAUGCCCCACCAAGUGUAGAUUAUGAAUGUGACAUUACACAAGUACUUAAUCAGUAUUCUCUAACACCGCCGGAUCUACUGGAACUAAACAAGCCUGUGCUACCUACAGGCAAAAAAAAUUCUGAUGACGGUGCUACCCUUGAUCGGCAUCAGAAAAUGUUGUGUGCCAUCACAAAAUCUGUGUCCAAUUUCGCCAAUGCUUCUGGGCAAGAGAAAGAGACAUUUGUACACAAUUGUGAAACAAUGUGUUCAAUGUUAAACAAUAUGGAUCUGGGCAAGGAUGAUUUAAAGGAUUUUACAAAAGUUGUUGAUGCAGGACUUGAUAUGGAUUUAGCUCGCAGCCAUCCUCAACCUGCGUAUAAGGUUCGCCAUAUAAAAGUUGGCGUUCGAUUAGCUGAAGCAUUAUGCAAAAUUCCUCAUGGGCCAGCAGUAUUAUUGGAUGUGAAAGCUCCGUCUCGAUUACUACAUCUUUGUAUGCAAGAGAAUGUUGCACUUCCUGUGAAAUUGUCAGCACUAAGAGCGCUGGAUGCAGCUUUAAUAAGCCCCGAAAUUGUUGCGGAAUUUUCAACUCCAAACAGUAACUUGUACAAGCUCGCAUUGGAAAUGCUAGACACAGCAAAGCUAGCUCGACUGAAGUAUGCUCUGAGCUCAUUAUUGAGGAAAGUACAUGUAUAUGAGUUACUUGCUGAAACGACUGAACUCACAGAACCCGCUGUGUCCGAAUUAACAAAUGCAUACAUGUUUGCUCCAACACUUAUGUCCCAACCAAAACGACAAUUGCCAGCAAGCGCACGAAUAGAAUUUGAACGCGAGCCGGGUGCACAUAGCCAUUUGAUAGCGUAUUUCUCACACCACAAACUUAUGCAUCGAGUUCUUUUGGCUCUUAUUUCUUCUAAAUCUAAUGUCUGUCUGAUAAAAGCUGUUCGCCACUUUCUCUUAUGUCUCGCCGAAACCACUGAAGGUCUAUUAUAUCUUUUAGAUGUCCCCGAAAUUACAAAGAUGAUUUUGAGAGCUUUACACUACGAUCGUCCUGGGCUUGGUUGUCUCCUUGCUUGGCGACUUCAGGUUGUUCAGUGCUUGAUUUCUCUGCAGAGUAAUGACUGGACAUAUUUAAAAAAAUUACAUUCAUUCUUGGCUUAUCCUGAAGGUCUACGUGCAAUCAUUACAGUUGUACCUAUGGACAAAUUCAUAGAAAUUCUGUUGCCUCAUUUGUCAGAUGUUGCUCUAGGAGAAUUUGCGGCAGAAAUAAUCUCAAUGAUCGUACGCUACUCGGAUCACGUCGAGAUCUUUCGAAAUCGUGCUACUGAUAUCCUGGAAAAAUCAAGGAAUCACUCAGUCUUAAGAGAAGUUACAUCCUAUUUAACAAUAGCAAUGCAGCGUACUAGUUGGGAUUACAGUGAUGUGUCGUCCUUAGUAACUGUUAUCCGUAAGCAUUCGAAUAGAGCCCCUUCAUUGCCUGGGGAACUGGUCACUGCUUGUAGAAUACUCGUCUAUUUGAUCUUCCCAUCAAAAAACGACUCUGACCCAAUGGAACCUUAUAUCGAGCUGAAGCACUGUAAUGCUUUGACACAAUUAUUUGCUGCUGGAGGCCUUCCUGCUCUCCUUACAGUUAUGACAAAUGUUGCUGAAUUUUACGAACAACCUUACUUACAUCGAGCUGCUUUGACUGGUAGAAGAGGUUUGGCUUUGGUGGCUCUGCUCCUACCCUGUGUUAAACUAAUAGGUGCUAUGUUGGAUCGGCUAGUUAAAUGUAUGGCUACAGAUUUCAAAGAUUUGACAGCAGUAGUCCCUCUGCUUGGUGUCUAUUCUUUAGUUGAAGCCAUGCCAAACACACGAUUCGUUCGUAAUCUUUCGAAUGAAAUUGUUGAAACACUAUUAGUGUUUACAAGAGCGGUUGACGCAGAUGGCUCAGGAAAUGUUGCUAAAUCUUUAUGGACACAAAUGUUGGGGGAAGUAUUGAAAAUGGUUGCCUUGAGUCCAUGCAAUUUCGUGCCUGGUCUAAAACUUUUGGAACGAUUGCUUCCUCCAAUUUUGAGUUUUAAAGAAAUUCCUCCUGAAGAUAUUCCACGUAUGUUGGGACAAAGAAAACUUUGGUCUGCACAUUUACAAGCCCAAGCCGCUAACUUGACCGAAACGUUACGUUUGCUUUGCAACAGCUGGAAUAUUGAUUUGUUGACAUUAUUGUCUAGCGUUUGUAAGCAGCUGAGCGACCUCGCUGCACCAACUGCUCUAUUGGUUGGAAGGUGCUUGCUAGAUAGCGUACUAGCUGCAACACCGUUAGAAAAAAAUAUACCAGUAUUAGUGUUGCUGGGAGAUCUCCUAAGACAUGCUCCAUUAAAAGCAACGUUGCUGACUUUGACUAGCCCUGCGGCAAGAGCACAAGUUAAAUCUGAUCAACGUUACCCACCUGUAAUUGAACUAUUAUGCUCCACUCUCAAAACUACUUCAGACAAUUUCUUGCAACGCGAAAUCUUGGAUAUUCUUGUAACUCUGUGUGAUUCAACUUUGAGCCUGAUAGACUUGGAUGCAAGUGAAACGUUUGAAAAGCGAUUGACCCAUUCGGUGCCUAGCAAAGAACCACUACUUGCCAUUAUUACAACACUUAUUGAAAUUUUAGCAAAUGCACCUAAAUAUCAACUCGAUAUCUUGAAGCAUACUUUGAAUGUGCUAAUAUCUUUAACAGCACACAAUUAUGGACUAUAUCAUGUCAAAAGCUGUCUAGAAAGUCAUCCUGCAGCAUUAUUUGAGUUGUUGGAACAUGUGUCAAAUUUGGAUGAUGGCGACGAGAAUAAAAAAUGUGUCUCAGGAGUAACCGUCACAUUUUUGGAGUCACUAAUUUCCUGCAAAUCGCCAACUAGAACUUUAUUUUUGCAUAUACAACAGCUAGCAUCUCUAAUUUCGUGGAGUAAAAUUAAUCAUCCGUUAGAAAAAUAUGAAGACACAAAAGACUUAGUGGAGGCUCUGAAGAACGUUGAGCAAAAAGAAGAGAAGGAAUCAAUACCUGAAAUGUUGGAACCUCUACUUCCAACUCCCGAAGCAUUGCUAAAUCAAUUUUCACAGAGAUCUUUUGGCCUCAUCACCCGCCCAAUAAAACGAUCAGAAAAGUUAAUGUUUGGGCCAAAUCACCAGCCGUUGCAUGAAAUUGCAGUUGACCUUUUAACUUUGGCCACUGAGCUGUUACCAGCUGAUUUUAACUUACUAUCUGAAACACAACGCUUGUGUACCAAGGCACCACCUGAUGAUACGAAUCAAUCUGUACAACCAAAAGCUCAAAUAGACAGUCAAGAUAAUCGAGAUCCGCAAAAAUCCAGUACUUCCACUGCUAAAACAAAGCAGCCAUUUGUAACACCAAUGCGAGGAAGAGCUCAAUUUGCGAAUUCUAUGAGGGGAGGGCCUGCAGCUGGUGGGGUUGGACGUGGUGCAGAUCCGUUCCGGUCAAGACCACCUAAUACUUCAAGACCACCUUCUCUUCACGUAGAUGAUUUUGUUGCCUUAGAGACUUGUGGAGCGCAGCCCACAGGACCUACAGGCUACAACAAAAUUAGCAUUCGUGGUCCAUGUCCUUCUAGAGGUGUUAUGGUUGGGUCGGGAGGCAGAGGAAGAUCUUGGUUACCUGAAACUCGGCCACCAUACCUUCGCUAAUCAUUUUUAGACUUGCUAUAGCUAUGGUUGUACUAAAGAUAUCGCAGAAAUACGGCAAUCUAUUUUUCUAUGGCAUAAUGAAUGCUUUGACCGUCAUAUCGCCGAAAGAAUUAUGUAGUCUUGUGGGUCGCCGACUUCAAAUAUUUCGCUCAUAUAAUCUAAAUACAGUUUUUAGGUAAUUGUCACUU